UUGUGAUAUCGCAUCAUCGGAUCAUCAUAUUCGAUUGAUACGUAUUUGUCGUAAACUACUUCGACCACUCCCUCCACUGCCAUGAGCGACUUUGAUUUCACGUCGAGCGGAGGGGCGAACGAAAUUGACUUUGACGCUGCUGCGUCCCAGUUUCCUGACAUCUCCUUGGACGGUGCUGGAGAUUUCCCCUCUUUGCCAUCCGCACCAGCCCUUGCCAGCACCAACAGCAAUGACUUCCUCUCUGGCUUUGACGAACCUGUAGAAACAGCUGUGAAAGUGACAGGGGAUGAUGAGAUCGAGAAAUUCACCAGCGAGUUUCCUGAUAUCCAGCCCAUGUCUCCACCUGUGAUUCAGCAACAAGCACCCACGUUCGGCGCUCCGCGCCCCCAACCCUCCGCUUUCACCUCGACCCCCAUUCUUAGUCAGCCGAUAGAAGAGGAUGAGCCACAAGUCAUCAAGGACUGGCGUGAGAAGCAGGCCGCCGAGAUCGUCGCGCGUGACGAGGCGUCGAAAGCGACUCGUCAGAAGACUAUCACUGCCGCCGAGCAGUACAUGGACGAAUUCUACGGCGCCUAUGCAGACAAAAAGGCGCGCACCAUUCGGGACAACAAGGACGCCGAGAAAGAUUUCCUCGAGCAUUUGACUGGCUCUCUGUCCACGGGCACCACAUGGCAGCGCAUUUGUGAGCUGAUCGAGCUCGAGAACUCUCAGAGCAAAACCAUCGCUCGCGCCGGCCCUGGGACCACCGAUCUGACACGCUUCAAGGAAGUUCUACUGCGGCUCAAACGUGAGGACACAGCGGCACCUGGCGCAGGCGGAUACUAGUAGUCCAUAUGAGGGUUUACUGUCAUAACCUGGAAUCACUUUUCUCGAA